UCGUUUCUGGUCGGACACAGCUCGCACGGGGCACAAAUGCGGAAGCAAGGUCGCAGCGCGUCGUCGGCAUGGAUCCAGUCCACAAAGAAGUUCUGCAGAAGCUGCGCGUGGACCUGUCCGAGCAGUUGCUGGUGUCAGACGGCGUGCUGCUGCCCUUCUUGUACCAGGAGGACAUCCUGACGGCCGCGCAGGUGGAGGACAUUUUGGCGGAGAGCAGCGAGCGGAAGCGCUGCCUCAGGCUCCUCGACGUGUUGCCCAAGCGCGGCCCGAAAGCCUUCGCGUGCUUCCUCCGAGCUCUCGACGACUUUGCCUGGCUCCGGGAGCGACUGCUGCAAGAGCUCGACGUCCGGACCGCACCGCACGAGGCUCCGACGAACCGCCUUGAGACCACCGAGGGCCUUCCCGAAGAGGUGGCCCGGCGAGUCCCUUCCGAGCGGCACCUUUCGCGUCUGGCGACGGCGCUGGGAGGCGAGUGGGAAGCUGUGGCGAUGGACCUGGGCGUGUCGUCGGCCGCCCUCUUCCGUUGCCGCGCCGACCACGCGCUCAGUUGCCACGACGCCGCGCUGGCCGCCCUGUUGCUGUGGCGACGCUCGCAAGGCAAGAACGCCACCGCGCGACGACUGCAACAAAGUCUACGGGCCGCCGGCGUCCACUCGUCAGUACUGCGGGACGUUAUGAUGUCGUGACCGAGUCGCUUUUAUGUUUAUUUUCAUCUUUAUUUGUUUUUCAUUCUGUCACACCUUUGAGACUGGACUCGGAUAAGAAAACAAACAAACCCCCAAAAAAAAAACCAAGUGGCUGCUUCAGUUGCUGCAGCGACGGUAGAAGUAGAAAUGGUAGUCUGUGAACAGCGCCCCCCCAAAGUGAUGGUCGGUACUGCAGUCGGCUUGGCCCUGCGCACAAGUCACAAGACUUUACUAGGCUUUGAUCCCUACUUUAUCCUCGGUGAAAAAGGACUAAGAGUGGAGCCGUGUCUGUCUGCGCUUCAGUGCCCCCGGGUGGCCAAGAAACAAACAAAUCCCUGUGAUUUGCUUCCAUUUCAUAGCGUGCGUGAGUGCGUGCGUCCUUACAGCCACGGUGGAUCGAAAGUGGUAGGAGCUGUGAUAGAGGCGAGCCACGUGCAGCGGCCACUCGUGUUCCCCCUGCAAGCAAGCAAGCAAAGACGGCAGCUGAUGCGGCGCCGGGCCGCCGUGGGCAGCCGUUACACCGCUCGAGGUGCUUUUUGGCGUCACCUGCGUGUUGGAGGCGUAGCCGGCGGCACCGAGCGGCUCGGCGUGGCGCGGGGCGGUGCAGGCGGCCGACUCGUGGGAGGCGCACAGGUGCACCACCAGCAGCUCGGUGGAACUGAACACGUGGGACGACAAAGAGCAGGCGGCGGGUGGGUCAAGGUGCGCGUGCGCUGCCGCCGGCCGUGAACGCUAACUGGCCUCACUUCAUGACGAGGGUCACUCGCAUGUUGACGGGGACAAACGGACUGACGGGGACUUGGAAGACGAACCUGUCGGGUCUCCGGGGGACAAAGCGGACGUAGCGGCUGUCAAUCACCUGCUGGUUCUCUUUGAUCACGAAGGACUCGAUGGUGGUGUUUGUCCCUGUCUCGCGAGCGGCGAUAUACGCAGGCACAGAAAGCCCAAAGGAGCCCAAAGGCAACAAGACUGGAGCUGAGCAUGAGCGAGUGAUUCAAGAGCAGCGUUUUGCGUGCGCUCACCACGGAAGAACUGCUGCAGCGCCUCCGUCUCGCCGUGCACAGCCGCAGCCUCCAUGCUGGCCAGUGGGCGGCGCUGAGGACGAGCACAGUAAACUGCCUCAAUUGGAGGAGGAGCACCAGGGUUGCCAGGCAACAGGCCUACCGAGAAACGUCGGCGUUACGGGAGCCUUCGAGUUUUCUUCCCUGCCGUGUGGCGUCCGUCUGCUUAGUGUCAGGUGAACUUUGAGCUUUGGACAGGAAGGAGGCGUGUCACAGCCCCGUGCGUGUGCUCAUCGGAGCGAGCCGCAGCCUCCAUCCCAGCUCAUUUGAGGCGGCAACCCAAGCGGGUGGCACUCUGGACCGGGCCCGCUUCCUGACUCCUAACAAAGCCACAUUUAUUUACACCUCAGGCCAAUUUCCUGGCUGCUUCGAGCACCUUGACCCGCUUGCCCCUUUCGGGACUUUCUUCUUGAAAUGCCCGAAAAUGUGAGAUACGGCUGCGUUUGAUACAAUGGAUGAAACUUGCAUCUCAAGGCACAGCUGUUCAACUUUUGGAAUGCGGGAGGCCGGAAAAAGAAUAAACGUCACGUUAUUAUGCUACGAUGA